AAUGGUUAUCUUGGAAAUGGUCUCGGCAAGAUGGAGCAUUAUACCGAGGCAGAGUCACACGCGGCAAACAAUCUUGCCAUCCCUCUGCCACAUCGCCGACAAACGAUCUGGCAUAUUCGCCAAUAUAUCCAUCAUUGAUAGAAUGGAAUCAACAAGAGGGGCAAGGUCUUCCGAGCACAGGGUAUCCAAGAAGCCGAGAAAGAGCGUCGCGUGUCAACGAUGCCAUUCGCAUAAGAUCAAGUGUGAUGGUCAAAAGCCUUGUAAGAAUUGCAGAAUCGCCAAUGACGCGCUAUGCGAAUAUCCUGUCAAGGACAGAAAGACGACAGUUCGGGAAAGGUAUAUCUUCACAGCAAUAAAACAGAUGUUUCGACUAACACUCUCAAGCUAUAUUACCGAUCUGUUGAAGGAGAUAGAUCGUCUUAAGAACCAGGCUCCCACACCACAGAACGAGGCCAACCAACAGAGUCAAAGUAAUACACCUGAAGUCACUGCUACCACCGACUCAGGGAACCCUCUAGUUCGAGAUGAUGCCUGGUUCUUACCACUUGAUGAAAGUCCCAUUUUCAUCGGCGAAGCAGCAUGUACAGGUUUCUCAUCUCGCUUGCGACAACUUCUACUUCAUACGCAAGCGGAAGUCCAUAUGGCGAGGACUCAUUACAUCCAAGAUAGUCAGAUCUUGCAAGCAGCAGAUGAGAAUACACCGUGGCCAAGUCGACCUCAGGCAUACCUACUUGUCGAAUCUGUGAUUGCGACGGUAGGACAAUGCUAUCAUCUCUCAUCGUUGUCCAGUGUUCGGAGCUUACUAGAGAAAGCGUACACUGAUAGAUCAUCUUUGAGCGAGAUGAAGGAGUGCAAGCUGUUUGCGCUGUUCGCACUUGCUCAGGUUUAUUCUCCUAGAUUGGCUGAAUCCCAAGAUGCGGUGUUUCCAGGAUUGGCGUACUUUGCAAAAGCCAGGGCGCUCUUGCCUGUGUUGCCAGAGCGUGCUACAGCAGACCACGUGGAGGUCUUGAUCUGUAUCACGUUAUACUCCUUGGCGAUGAACAGACGCCAUUCUGCUUACUGGUAUAUCGGAUCAGCCAUGCGCCUCUCCAUGACUUUGGGUCUACAUCAUAACAUUGCAGAGUCUCAAUUACCCGACUUGGCUGCAAGACAGAUGAGAGCACGUCUAUGGUGGACGGUCUAUGCUCUCGAUCGCUUCAUCGCCAGCAAGAUUGGGCAUUCUGCUUUCAUUCUAAACGACGAUAUAGAAGUCAACCCACCUUCAGAUGCUGGUCUCAGCGAUGCGCAAAAGGGCGAUGUGGUCAGUGCUGACUACCUCUGUGCUACGAUGCGUCUUGCGAGUAUUGCUGGAGAGACGAUCUCUACACUGUACAGUCGGAAGAAGAAUGAUCGUCCAUUUGUCCAGAAAGUGCAAGCGAUCUUCAAGAGCCUUCGAGACUGGUCGGCAACACUACCAGAAGGUGUGAGGAUGUUGCCAGACAAACCGGCGAGUUGGCAUAUUGUCGCUUUGCAUUUAUCUUUCAAUCAGUGCGUGAUUCUUGCGACUCGACCAACCUUGCUGCAGGUAUUUCAAGUCACCAAUCGAACCAACAGAAGGGAUGAGAUCCCCCAGGCUACAUUCAUGCUAGCCGAAACUUGCGUACACACGGCAAGACAUACUUGUCGCUUGAUAACCCAAGCUUGGACAGCGCUCCCAGCUUUGGACUACUCAUCAGCGCAGUAUCUCUAUGCAGCUGCGACCAUUCUUGCAGUAUCGAAUCUCUGCCUCGGAUCCAAUGCGCAUGCGGACAAGGAGGCAUUCCAAUCGGCACACCAUCUCAUGAAGCAACUAGAUCGUCUGGGUAACAUCGCUGCAAGAGAGUUCUGUCAACAUCUGGAUGCUGUCAUUGAGUGCAUUGCAAGGUUUGAAGCCGAGAAGUCGGAUCAAUUGUUAGGGAUCACACCGCAACAGCUGUCAAGCUUCGAUCCUUUGCGAAUGGAAGAGAUGACAAGCGAGAUGGCUAUAUUUCAGCCAAAUAUCCAAGACUUCUUGUCAUAUGAUAAUGCUGAUCUGGAUGCUCUGUUUCCAUUGGACACAACAGACAUUUGGCCGUACGUAUCUAUGCCGGACUUUGAGCCGUUGAUGUAG